UACGACGGAUGUACUUCUAAUUUCAACAUACCGGAAAUAGUUAUUGAAACCAAGUAUUUAGUUCUGUAGAUGAAAAUUUUCCACUUUCAAAUACAGGAAGCAUAUAACUUGAAAAUAAUUCUCAAAUAGAUAGAAGUGGGGAUGGUGUUAAUGAUGAAUCUUUGAGCAUAUAAAUGUGUGUCAGCAGAACGAAUAAUCAUUUAGUCAAAAUGUUAUACUCCAGUGAAAAAUAUGGUGAGCCCUUAGUGGCUACAAUCCGAUUGUUUUCUAUAUUAAUCAUUAUUCUGUGUUUGUCGACUGAAAUAAUCACUAUACCUACACCUACGCAAGAUUAUCCAAAUUAUACAACAGACAAUUUAACUGAAUUGGCAGAAAAUACGACGAAUGAUGACUUAUACAUUAUAAGAGCAGUAGUAUACGAAAUUGGAGUUUUAACGGAUACUGAUAACACCACCGAUGAAAAUCCAGAAAGACGCGAAGAAGUUAAUAUUUCAAUAUACAAUCCACCACAUCAAGAUAAUGGCUUGUUAGAUUUGAACAAAGUCCCAAUAUCAACUGAGAAUACUUUAAAUACAGAAGAAAGUACUGAAGAAACAUAAUAUAAUAUUUGUUAGAAAAAAUCAUUUCCAUUAAUAAUAUGCAGUAAAAUGAAGAAGACCAAACAUACAUAUAUAUAUAUUUAUAUAUUUAUUUAUACUUAUUUAUAAAUAUUCCUUUAACCAUGUAUUGUUUCCUUAUCGUUCGCUGACAAAAUUAUUGAGUAAAACAAAAAUAAUAUAUGAAAAAUGUAAUUACUUCACUGUGUGCCUACAAAACAUAGAUCGUAAAAUAGAUCCAUGCAGCAAUAAUGGAAACUGUUGACCAGAAAUAUAUAUUUUUAUUCUUUUAA